CUGAAUGGAACGGGACAGGCAGGCUUUGUUGGGCCGAACAGAGGUGAGGAGACGGGUAGAUUGGACUGGGAACAAGAAGGCAGGCAGCAUGAGGCGGAGGACGAAGGCUGGCACGCAGCGUGGAGCCACACCAGAGACCAGGGUAAGCAGGUAAAUGUACAGGUAGGUCGCUCAGCCGGGGACCAGGUAGAAGAUGUCCCACCCACUCCGGAGAUCAGGAUAAACAGGUAGCGUGCACAUAAGGCAUUUAUUCAGACGGAGGGCAGGUUGCCGGGAAGGUAAUUCGUCAUUCCGCUGGAGAGCAAGUAGAGGAGUUUCACCAGCCCGGAGAUCAUAGUAUCGGCACAGGAGAAGGGGCGACCGGGACGCCGUCGAGCCAGGAACAGGGGUAGAUCGUUAAAAAAAGGAUGACAUGUCAGUCAGUGACCUCACAAACUGCUCAGUCCACAGUCUGAGCAGUCGGUAAAACUGUCUGAAUCUGAUUAACCAGGAGCCAUCACGCUGACAGGACCUCGCAGUGGAUUAACUUUGGUUUGUUUCUGCAAAGCAAGAAUAUGGAUGGAUUUUAUGAAGGACAUUCAUAAACCAAAUAUUGUGGGGUUUUUUUUUUUUUUUUGGAAACCAAUCUGCUCCUCUGACAGCAGUGCUACAUCUGAGCCACUUGCACCAUGUGGUCAGCAGGGUUGCUUUUUGCCCCCACACCUUCAGGACUAUAGAUUUAUCAUGAUGCUAUUUUUGUCAAUUACACUCAGAAAGUUUCCAGGCAACUGAUUUGGAUUGUGAUGACAUGUUUCUAUCUAAGAGGAAAAUUAGGACCUUUACUCUGCUGUUUUCCAUCCUUACAUUUACAACGCUCCUAUUCAGCUACACUUUCCGGGACCCCUCGCUCUAUGGCUUCUUCAAAUCCUCUUUUCGCAACAACAGGCUAUGCGCCUGUCACCAGCAGUGCAUGAUGAAGUUGGAGGAUAACCCCUGGUUCACUGAGCGCUUCAAUCAGUCCAUCCACCCGUUGAUGACUAGUGACAACAGUGUCCUCUCUAAUGAAACCUUCAGAUGGUGGCAGGGGUUACAGUUAGAGACCGAGCCGGCCGACUUCAAUGAAGUGAAGAAGGAGCUGUUUAGGUUCAUCCCUAGUGAGACGCUUUACAUGGAUGCCAGCCCCAAACGCUGCAGAACCUGUGCUGUGGUGGGUAACUCUGGAAAUCUCAAAGGUUCCCGGUACGGCCUCAGGAUCGACACCAACGAUUUCAUCAUAAGAAUGAAUCAGGCUCCCACCAGAGGCUUUGAGGAGGAUGUGGGCUGGAGGACAACUCAUCAUGUAAUGUAUCCAGAAAGCGCCACAGACCUGGACAACACCACCACUCUGGUGCUGGUCCCGUUCAAGACUCUGGAUCUGCAGUGGCUUGUUAGUGCCCUGAGCACGGGCACUAUUACAGAGACAUAUAUGCCUGUCAAGUCCAGAAUAAAAGCUAAUAAAGAUAAGGUGUUGAUUUAUAAUCCAACAUUUAUGAAAUAUAUCUUCGACUCUUGGCUUGAAGGUCAUGGACGAUAUCCUUCCACUGGUUUCCUCAGCAUAAUGUUUGCUAUCCACAUAUGUGAUGAGGUUAGUGUGUUUGGAUUCGGUGCAGACCAGUACGGAAACUGGCACCACUACUGGGAGGAGAACGAUUUGGCUGGAGCUCAUAAAGACACACAAGUCCAUGAUGGAGAUUAUGAAUAUAAUGUCACCUGUCUCCUGGCAGACAAGCACAAAAUCCAUAUGUUUAAAAGCAGAUGAUACCAAGCCCAUAUGCGUGGUACAAUGACCACCAAAUGAACUUCAGUAGCCUGUCCUGCAUCUCAUGUGAAAACACUGUUGUUAUGAUUUCCAGUGACAUUUUCACAUGAUGUCUUCUGGUCUUCCAGUUUUCUUUUCCUCACUUAAUCUUUUGUUUUUGAAAUGUUAGUCAUACUGACAAACCAACAGUUUGUCUGGGCUCCCAGACACUGACUAGACCAGACUGGACCAUCAACAUAAGAUAAAAGCAAGCACUGCCAUGUGUUCUAUAAUCUCUAAACCCAACUCAAAUAUGUGUGGGAGUGAAUGGACAAGCAUGCUAUACAUCCAAAGCUUUAGUACUAUUAUAUAGUAGGUGUGUACGCUUUACGCUCUUUUCUAUACAUUGGCUAGCAUUGUGGUUACCUAAAGCUUUGUAUAUUAAAAGUCCCAGAUACUGGCAUAAAAUAAGCUCUGCUGACAGCAGUACUCAAAGUGCCAUAUAGCUAUUUACAUUGUUGAUAUAAAGGCAUACAGUAGAGAGGGGCAUUUUAGAUAAAAUUCAUCACAGUCCCAGUCUUUUAUAGACCACAACAAAUGAAAGGAAAAGCCAACAUAAAGUGUCUC